AUGACAUACCGUGACCCAACCGGCCCACCUUCACCUACUGCAACACCACCUCAAGCCAUACCAACCAUGUCAAAUAGCCUAGUGUAUCAUUACAUCCCUCAAGCGCCUCCAAGCGCCUUGGAUGCCUUUUAUCUUGGUCAACCGUCCAAUGCCGCGUUUUGCCAAGCCGCUUACCAUGUCACACCGCCAAUGACAGCUGGUCCUGUCGAGAAUUACUGCACUUAUCUUCCUUACAAUCAAGCUUCGUAUGUAUAUCGAUCUUAUCAUCAGGAAAGGCGUGCGACAAUGACACCAACCCCAAUGCGUCCUGUCGGUCCAACGGUCGAUCCACCCACAGACUUGCGUUAUUCAGACCCAGCCAUAUGGCGUCCGAAGCAGCGUCUCUAUCCGACCCAUUGGCCGCACGAUCCAUUGCCUAACCCAACGACGCACCACAUCGUACAAAAUAAUCCAAUACCAUGUUCGUCCCAACCGGCCAUGGAAAGCUUGUCUCCAGCAACAGUACCAGCUCCGCCUGUCAAUUCAGAGCCACCACCACCACCAGCAAGGGGGUCACCCGCGAACGAUCGUCGACCUGUUUCAUCAGCAAGAUCCAAUAACGCGCGCAACAGUCAGCAACAACAGUACAAAGACGAAUUGGAAAAUAUAGAAGAUGAAGUGUCUUUUCUCCAUGAUGAAUGUGCAACGAUUAAUAUCAUGUUGGACUCAUUGCGCAACGCGUUCCUAGCGCCUACAUGGGGAGGAAGGUCACGAAGUGCAUCCAACUCAGCAGGCUCGAGUCCAUCUUUGGCGAUGGUCCCUCAAGGACCAAUUUCCGUUAUUGGUGCCAGCUUGAACGACAAGGACAUUGAUCGCGAGAUGAGUUUUGCUUUUGAUGAUGUCGCUUUACAAGUGAAACAACUGCAAAGAAAAGUUGAUUUAUUGGAAAGUCGCGUGCGUGAGUUGGCUCUCCAACAGCCGACUAUAUCCAAUCCAACCCCGGAAUCAAGGACAGAGGAUAUAUCAGAGGUGAAGCAGCAAAAAGUAAAAAGGCAACGGCGCCGCAAGAGAAGUUCCAGAGAUCAUACCAAUAUUUCAGCAAUCAAGCUGUCAGGAGACACCAAAACCACGUCGAAAACUGGGCGACGACGAAAUCGACGACAAUACUCUCCCAAUCAGUAA